AUGGAUGACGAUUCGUCUCCGGAAGCGUGGGGCUGGUAUGGAGGUGGUCAGGACCUGCCUGACCAUGUCUGGGCCAGCUGCAGCAUGCUGAAGGUGAGCCACUGGCGCCAGUCGAUGCUGCAAACCUGGUCCUGGGCAGACCGGUGCCGCGCGCACGCGGCAGCUCACGAAGCCUUGCGGAGCCUGCAGGAAAGGGAGGAUACGCAGAGCCGCAGCUCGGCGACCUAUCGCGAACGGCAAAGGCCACUGCAGCGGUGUGCCUACGUGCCGGAGUUCCCGCACAGACCGCACGCGGCGAGGGUCAAGGUCUGCCGAGGAGGUGAGGGCUGCUUCGCGGAGGAUGCCUCGCUCUCCGACGCAGAGGAGCAGAGCUGGGAGAUGCACCGCCGGAAAGCAGGCCUCGUCGCCAAGCUGGUCUGCUACAUCAGCAGUGCUGCCUUGCAGGCCGACUUUGUGCUGCGAGGCUUCCGUCGGUCCGGCGCCGUGGUUCUGAGCGUGAGCCCUGCAGGGCCGGCCGAUCGGGCUGGUGUCCAAGCUGGUGACCGAUUGGUCUCCAUCAACGGUCAACAGGACUUCGCCUGCUUGGAAACUGGCGACUUCUCAGAGACUGAGAUGCCGGCCAAGCUGGUCUUCAUGGGCAUGGUGGGAAGGAUCACCUCGGAGGUGCGGCUGAUCUCCCUGGAAGCGCCCUGCGAGAAGAGCUUCACUCUGGCCGGCGAGAAGGCUGGCGAGCUGUCCAAGAGUGCCAAGAAGCGCGCCGCCAAGAAGGUAAGGGACGCGGCCCACGCGGCAGACGCGCCUCCCGCGCCGGAGACGACGCCGGAGAAGCCGAAGGCCAAAGCGGCCGCCGCACCGACACCGGAGCCCAAGGCGAAGCCGAAGGAGGCAGCAAAGGCUGCUGCCAAGCCCAAGGCGACUCCUAAGGCAAAGGAGGAGCCUCCGAAGCAAGAGCCGAAGGCUGGCGCCAAAGCCAAGGGGAAGGCAGCGCCCGAGGCCCCGAAGCCGAAGGAGGCCCCGAAGGCUAAGGCAGAUCCGAAGGCAAAGGCCAAGGCAAAGGUGGAGCCUCCUCCGGUGGAGGAGCCUGUGCCGAAGGCCAAGGGCAAGGCCAAGGCGGCCGCCCCGGCACCAGAGCCAAAGGCUGUCGCCAAGGCGGCAGCGACCAAGGCUGCUCCGAAGGCCAAGGGGGGAGCGCAGCCCCCUCCGAAGGAGGAAGCGGGCCCGGAGCGAGUGGAGGUGGUGCAACCCUACGCCAUUGACGACGGGUCCGGCGGUGACUGGGAGCAGUCCACGGGUCUGAGCAAGAAGGCGGAGAAGAGGAAGGAGAAGCAGGACAUGAUCAAGAAGCAGGAGGCACAGAUGAAGAAGGACCAGAAGAUGAUUCCUGGCAUGGCUCCGAUCAAUUCGGUCCCUGGAAUGGCGCAGCCGCCAAAGGCCGCCUCCAAGGAGGAGAUCGCCGCCUUCAUGGCGCGGGCUGCGCAGAAGGGGGCGGAGGCCAAGGCUGCCGUGGAGGCCGAGCAGGCGCAGACGACGAGCAUGCACACCGAAACCAUCAAGGUGCCGGAGAACAAGAUUGGCAUUGUCAUUGGCCCGAAGGGAGCCAAGAUCAAGAUGAUCCAGGAAAAGACUGGAGUGCGCAUCGACACAUCCGGCGAGAUGUUCACAAUUGCGGGCAAGGACAAGAAGGAAGUGGAGCUGGCGCACAUGGCCAUCAAGGAGCUGGUGGAGAAGGGCUACUGCAGCAUGGCUUUCGAGGACUUCAAGGAGGAUGCCGUGCCCGUGCACCCCACCUCGUUCCCGGACAUCAUCGGCAAGCAGGGAGUGACCAUCAAGGCUUUCAAGACGGAGCUGAACGUGGAGGUGAAGAUUCCGGAGGUGCCCAAGACAAGCUCCACCAGCUCCAAGAAGUACAAGGUGACCCUGGCGGGCAAGGCGGAUGAUGUGAAGAAGGCGAAGGACGUGCUGGAGAGCAUUGCCAAGUUCGGCUACCACGAGAUCACGCAUCCGGGGCAGGUGGAGCCGUGGGCGUACAGGCCGGGGCCCUGGGAAUCCCAGACGCGCAGAUCUGACGCGCGAAGGUUCAUCAUCGGCAAGGCCGGCUCAGAGCUGCGCCACAUCCAGAACAACUACAAGGCGCGCGCAACGGGGAUAGGGUGA